CCCGCAGCCGAAGUAUAUGGAUCCCUGGACCGCUCUUGGGCGAGAAGACAGAAGGGCUUUGGGAAAAUCCGCCCUGCUCUCGAGGACAUCGCCUUCGAAAAGGAACCUCAAGCCAAGAUCCCCGAGGACAAGCCGGUUCAAGGAGAGAAGGUGCAGGCAUGGCUGUCGGGAACGGAAAAGGAAGGUGGCGGACUGAGUCGAGGAGGAGAAUGGAGAGGAGCGAUCGAGAAGGCUGAUAUCAUGGGUGCUAUGGAAGCCAUCGAAGGAGAGGCCGUUAACCACAAGGACAAGUCCGGUCAACGAAAAUCCACCUUAAAUGUUCCCAAUACCAGCGAACAGACUGAAGAGGCAGAAAGGAGAAAACUCCUGAGAAGAAUGAAGUCUCGUAAUGCCAUGGAGGUCGAAUCUCCCUCAACUGCUCUCCAGGUUAUCAAGGAAAUGAAGGAGGAGGAGAAAAAAGGCGGAGCGGACAAACUCACCCUGUAUUUCCGCCGCCCCUCUGCGGAGCCGACGUCAAUUGGGGGACCGAGCAGCCUCAAGGCAGCCUUGCAAGAGAAACUCAAAAGCCGGAUCCAAGGUCAAGGACGAGAAGAGUCAAGAUUGAGAGACCGAGAGGAGAAGCCGCUCGACAAGAUCGAUAUCGAUGCGGAGAACAUCGAGACCCCUCCGGUGCCCCGAAGGGCUUUCGGGAUUCGAAGUUUCCGGCCCCCAUCCAAGGAUGAAGGAGAGGAGGAAGACGGCGAAGAUGCCAAGAAGAGAGAGGAGAGAAAGAGGAUGGGAAGGAUCAAUAAAUGGAGAGGUUCUACCGAGGAGCCCACGAGUCGAAGUCUCGGUCUCGGACCGGAAAAGGAGAAGAGGUCAGACGAGGACGAAGACGAGGAGGAGAUGAAGAGGAAGAGAUCCCAGCAGAGAUAUCAGCGCCUCGUCGAGAUGGCACGUGAAGCAGACAGCGAGAACGAGGUCGCCCUCAAGACCAACAAAGCCGAUGAAGAAGGCAGAGACGAAAGAGAGGAGGAAGAGGAAGAGGAAGGGCGGCUGGGAGACUUCGAUCGCUACUCUUCCUUUAGGAGGACCACUCGCCGCUCGAAGCGACUCAACAAUCAGGAAUCUCCCGCCGAUGCGAACAAACAGCAACCACAACCGGGUCUUAGAGCCACACCGGUAGCAUCCCCCUUCGUGAGACGAAGAGGUGAGAGAGGCUCGUUGAGGAAAGUGUCCGAUUCGGACGAGCACGAUCGAGACGAGGGAUUCGAGGAAUCCCACAGUCAACUCUCGGGUUCCAGCUGCAACUACGAAGACACGUCUGCUACGAACAACAAGAAGUUGUUCCCAGCCACAGCCACAACCGCUACCCGUUUUCCAUUGAGAGCGACGAACAGUGUACAGGGACAAGGGCAAGGGCAAGGGCAAGGGCAAGGACAGGGACAAGGUCAAGGACAGGGACAGGGACAAGGGCAAGGACAAGGACAAGGGCAAGGAGGAAGUUUGAGAAGCAGCCGAAGUUCCCUGGCCAGCGCCAGCUCCGUUGCCACAGUCAAACAACGACCCCUUCAAGCAGCAACAGCGACAUUGUCGGCGGGUCCGAGCAAGAUGGCAGACACCCUAAAGAAUCUGACGAAGAAUUUGAAGCCGGCACGCAGAGGAGAAUACAACAUCGAAGCAGCUCAAACUCGAGCUAGCAAUGGGACCUUGAGCAAACGGAGCAGUGAUGGCUCCUUACACUCUGGAGGUGACGGGCCUAGCAUCAACAGUACUAGUCGAAAUACUAGUACGAAGGGAAGUACGAGUAACAGUAUCGUACCGAUGGGUGGCUCGCUGAGACGGAUGAAGUCGAACACGUCGACUUCGACUCCAACUCCAACUCCAACUCUGUCGGCCCGAUUGAGCGGUCCCACUCGAUCCACCCUGGCCCGACAGAAUUCCACGAAAGAGAACGGAUCCAUACAAAGCCCCCCGCGCCGCAGCCUGACGUCAAACAAGCCGAGCCCGGUGCCGACGAUGAAGCCAGCGCCCUUGGCGACCAAGAAGAGCUUCAGCUUCAUGCGCCCGACAGCUUCCAGUUCGGCGAAGGGAAGCGGGGAGGAAGUCCCGACGGUGAAGAAAGGGAACGGCAAGAUCAUGACGACGAAGAACAUCACGCUCACCAAGCCCCGCCAUCCUUCUCUCCUAGGGAAAUGAACGUGAAGGGCAUCCUGACGGUGCGGCGAGAGUCUGCCUUCAAAGCAGGGCAGGCUGCCUUCACUCACUGUGAUCACAGAGCUCCUUUUAAAUUAUUCUUUAAUCUCACGUCAAUCUCGAUCAAAUAUAUUUAAGAAAAAGAAACAUUUCGGGUUAACCAGGGCUAGAAAGAGAAAAAGAGGAAAGGAAGUAAACAUCUGGAGACUUUUUCUCAGGGAUAAGAUAAAAAGAGAAGAGAGAUCGGUGGGAUGCUACUGUGAUGUUUCCGUAUCGUUUUGUGAUGGAUCGUGGCGCUAAAAUGACCUUUGGCGGAAGAAAUUCGAAAUUAAUACGCUCUGUGAUUGGAAUAGCCUAGCCUUCCCUGCUUCGUCGGUGGAUUCUUCCCUUCGACCCCGAGUUCGCCUGUCGUCUCGAAAAUGUACAGCGUGGCCCAAUUGGGUCCACUCACCCGUAGAGAAGUGAAGGAAACGAGUGCCAUUUAGAGAAGAACGGGGACUGCGCUUUCCAGGGUCAUCGAGAGACGUGGCACUGGGUUUAGCAGGGAAAAACGACAUUCCAUCUAGAAGAGCAAGGUCGACUUCCUCUCUUUUCUCCUUCUUUUCCCUGCACCCGAUGAGUCGUCAUGGAAAGAAGGGUGAUCCUCCGAAAUGCCGACGUCUGUUCUUCCUCCAUUCGUGUUUUACGGGAUCUUCCCCCUGAGAUCCAGCUCAGCGGUGAAAGAUCGGGACCACUUGCAUUUCUUGAAAGUCCGCUUCUGUCUUUGUCUCAUCUUCUUCGCCUGCUGCGCCGUCUUUCUUCUCCCUCGUGUGUACCAUGUGCCAAUUGAUAUUGUACCCUCUCACUUUCUGUGCCUUCGUGGGAACGAAGUUCCUGAAUAAAUUUUUUUUUAAGGGUA